AUACAAAAUAUGUCACGAGACGCGCAAUCAAAAGCUUUCUUUUCGCAAAGUCGAUUACUCUGAUUGGCUGUGUCCCAUCUGAUAAAGGUAUCUCUUUUUCGCCUGUGAACCCGCCAGAUCGAUAAAGGUAGUUAGAAGAGGAAAAUUGCUGAAAUUCGAAGAUGAGAUAACCAAUUAAGAAUGAAAACAAAAUGUAUAAAAAUUGAUAAUAUAUUCACAAAAAUUACAACGAAGGAAUGGAUAAAAUAGGCGUAAAGGCACAAAGAAAAACAUCCGAGAAUCGAAUACAAAAUAACGUGCAGUGUCAUUGUUAUAUGUAUAGUUCUGCUGCGCCAUUCUGCGGUUUCACCACGAUUUAAUGAUUUAAACCUUUCACGCAGAGCGGAGAUUUCGCUAUUUAAAGUUAACCUCCAUCACUUGUGCUCUAAUUGUGGAAACUACAUCUGGAUUUCUAGGUGAAAGACAGAAGAAAAUAAUCAUCAUAAUGAGCGAGGACGCCGAUCGACUGAGUAAAUAUCUAAAGCAUUCGCUGAAAACGGCGCCGAAAUCGAAUGUUUUGGAAUGUCGUGUCUGCGAAGAGGUUUUUACUGUGGAUGGUGUAAAGGUACCACGUUUGUUGCACUGUGGACACACAGUGUGCCACGCGUGUCUGUUGCGAUUGAGAACUUGCAUGCAGGAUCAGCAGUUUCUGCUGUGUCCCUUCGACCGGCAACCCACCGCCGUGUACGAAAAUAGCGUCUACAGUCUGAAGAAGAAUUUUGCACUCAUCGAGCUGCUCGAACGGCUGGAGCAAUCCAAUAGCGAGAAGACAGUGGUGUUGGAACGCGAGAGGCAUCAGUCAAAUCAGUCGUGCGACGAAGACGAGGCUCACACUGCUGUUCUCUAUUGCACGGUUUGCGCCACGCAUCUGUGCGAGACAUGCGACACCGCCACACAUUCAUCUAAAACAUUAGGCAAGCAUAGACGAGUGCCACUGUCAGAGAAGCCACGUGAAAAGCCUCGCUGUCCAAUACAUAUGGAGCACGUGGCCGAAUUCACAUGCACCCAAGAAGGCUGUCACAAUUCCUUGAUGUGUUAUCUGUGUAAAGAGUAUGGCAAACACAGCAUACACAAGCCGGCAUUGGUGGAGGAAGAGGCCGAGAAUAUCAGAAAAUCCAUUAUUGCCGCAUUACAAAAGAUGACACAGUUUAUGGAAAGCAUGAGAGACACUGCACACAAGAUAGAAAUAGUAAUUGAAGAAUUAGAGGGCUGGGCGGUCGAAGAUGCGAGAAGAAGAGUGCGAUAUCAUUUUGAGGAACUACGCGCUGUUCUGGCCGAACAAGAGAAAACGGCGAUGGCAUAUAUCGAGACGGAGACUCGCGGUAGAUUGUGUGCGUUGAGACAGCAACAAAAAGAUCUCACGACCACGAGAUCACAAGUGGCCGGUGUGUGUAUCCAAUGCGAGAGCAUACUCGAUUCCGAAGACUGGAAAUUAUUGAGUAGCUCAGAAAAAGUCAAGGAGGUUCUAGCGACGUUGGAACAACAGCAACAACAUUAUGCACAAUUGGGACCAGAUUUUCUCAGUCCCGAAUCCUCUAUACCAAUCAUAUUCAGCAGGGAUAAUGUAUCGGUCGAAUUCUAUCAAGGAACAAAGAUCGAUAUGCGCGUAGUGAUCUUGGGACUGGACGGGGCGGGAAAAACAAGUAUUCUAUCCGCCAUGCGUGGUGUCACGUUGUCGAACCCACCGAUUCCCACUAUCGGCUUCAAUGUCGAGAGCUUAGAGUAUAUGAAUCUCGUGUUUACUCUCUGGGACGUCAGCGGCCAUCAGAAAUUUAGGCCACUGUGGAAGCAUUAUUACCAUAACACGCAAGCUGUCAUUUUUGUAGUCGAUGCCAGUGAUAGGUCUCGUUUUGAAGAAGCGCAGAAUGAAUUAUCAAAGAUACUUUAUGAACGAGAACUGAAAGAUGCUCUACUUUUAAUCUAUGCUAAUAAACAGGAUAUUGCAGGUUGUGCGAGCCUUGAGGAGCUGGUCGAUAUAUUUGGUUUGCAUAAACUUUGUUGCGCAAGAGUAUGGCAUAUUCAGGGCUCAUCUUUAGUUACUAAUACCAACGGUACCCUACAGGGUCUUGAUUGGCUCUUGACACAAUGCGUAUAGAGUGUUCUUUCCUUUUUGUAUAGAGCUAGUUAUGUGGAUAAAAAGUCGAGGAGACACGUUUCGCAUUUACUAAUGUGGCUUUCACAUAAGGACAAGUCGAAGCGGAUUGACAUUAGGUAAAUAGAAAUCGUGCAAGAAAGAUAUUCGCGUAGUCGAUGUAAAAAAUGAUUUAUUUUCUAGGAACUAUUUCUUCACAAAAUAGAUUCUAUUGGAUAUUGCUAUCUAGAGAAUUAUUAUAAAGAAAAGUGUUUCUCAAUCAUUUUUUUAUAUCGACGCUCUCGAUUGUACUUUCAUAUGCGUUAAUUUUUUCUGUUUAAUUUAUUAUUAAUUAAUAUUCAUAUAAAAAUUAAUUUUUUUAUACGCUCUGUGAGCGUGGAUGACCAAUAUAAGUUUAACAUAUCUAAUAUAUUGCUGUAGAUCUCUCUAUAUUAGCUCGUCAAUGCACGAGGCAAGUCUGCUCUAUCAAAUUUAUCUGCGUUAUACCAAAAAGAAAUAAUGCUCAAAUUAAUUUCAAACACAAAUAAUAUCAGUUUAUUUCCCAACACAAAAAUUGAGCUAAAAGAUUUAAUCGUAUUUAAAUAUAUCAUAAAAUAGCUUGUAUAUGCAUGUAUAUAUAUAUAUAUAAAAUGAAAAUUAAAAGCAAUUUGUACAGUCAGUUCGUACACAUUACUAUAAAUAAUGAAGAUGGAUUAGUAGCAGGAUUAGGAUAGGUUGUUUGAUCGAGAUGAGCGUUUAAAGCCCAUGAAAAUAAAUUCUGAGCACAUCUAGAAAAGUCAUUUAUUUUAUUACAUGUGGGUUAUUGUGUUGUUGCUUUUUUUUUGAUAUAUCAUACCAAUUAUCAUUCAGUCAUAAUUGCACACAUUCAUCCUUACGUUUUUCUUUCUUAUAACUGGAGUUCUUUUUUUAAUUAUGCAUACAUUAUACGAAGAAAAUGAAAUAAUAUAUAUUAUACUAUAGCAUAGUAUUAUUUAAAUUACAUCUGAAUUAUCUUUAAUGUAUAUAAAACACUUGACAAACAAAAACGGAACAACUUAGAGUCUUUUACGGAGCUGCGCCGAUGAUGGACACGGGCUGGAUGACUCUUUUUAUUUCUCUUUCACUAAUUUUUAAUAUCUUUUUUUCCUUUGUAUUCCAUACACUCCUGAUGUAUCUCGUGGAAAUAUCAAUCACUUGAUUUACGCUUGCAUGAUCCAUGCUUACAAGUUAAUAUUUCAGGAUAAUUUGCACUCGAGUAGUAAGUUAUACCUGGUGACUAAAAAUGUUUAGGCGCUGUGAUACCAAG